CUCCUCACCCCGCCCUCGGCUCCUCACCCCGCCCUCGGCUCCUCACCCCGCCCUCGGCUCCUCACCCCGCCCUCGGCUCCUCACCCCGCCCUCGGCUCCUCACCCCGCCCUCAGCCUCUCCCAGCACCCAUCCGAAACUGGUCCCAGCGCCCUUUCUCCGCCGCAGCCCCGGCACCUCGCAGUCAGCUCCGACCAUCCCCUCACGCAGCGGCUUGGCGAGACGCUCUGGCCACACCAACGCCCCGGCCCCCGCCAUGGCCCCACGCUCCCAGCCGCACUCUGCCUCCGAGCCCUCCUCCCCUCGCUCGCCGCGCUCCCGCCCGGAGGCUUUUUGCCGCCUUCGCCCCGCCGUAGCCCCGUCCGUAGCCAUGGCGACGGGCCUCAGCGGCCUGAGGAGCCCGCGAGCUGCGGCGUAAGGACUGAGCCCGGAGUUCCGUUACCCGUCCGGGGAUGAGGCGGCUACGGAGCCGCUUUCAGCCUCCUCUGCGGGGAGAAGAUGAAUGUCUGCAAAAAACCUCCUAAUAAGACAGCUCCAGAGAAUCUGGUUGAAGCUUUUGCCGAGGUGCAGGUACAACGUGCUCGGAGGAACGGCUGGAGCUGGCCUCUGCAUCUCUUCCAGGUUACUGCCUGGUUGCUGUACCUCUUCUUUGCUCUGGUUGGCUUUGGGAUCCUGGUUCCUCUCCUGCCUCGCCACUGGCUGCCUGCUGGCUACAUCUGUCCAGGAGUGUGUUUUAUCUACCAUUUAGUUGUUCAUCUUACUGCAGUCUCCAUCGAUCCUGCGGAUGCGAACGUGCGAGAGAAAAACUAUCUGGGGCCUCUGGCCACCUUCAGUCGUAGUCAGCAUGCACAUGUCAUUGAGAACCAUCAUUGCCAUGUCUGUGAUGUGGAUGUGAGUGCCAAGUCAAAGCACUGUGGAACUUGCAACAAGUGUGUGUGUGGCUUUGAUCACCACUGCAAAUGGCUGAACAACUGUGUGGGAGAGAGGAAUUACUGGCUCUUCCUGAACAGCGUGCUGUCAGCCAUCCUGGGCCUCGGGCUCCUGCUGCUCGUCGCCUGUUACGUCUUUGCAGAGUUCUUCCUGGACCCUGCGAUGCUGCGCUCUGACCGGCACUUCCACGCUCUGCAGAACCACACGGACUGCUGGCUCGUCUUUCUUCCCGCAGCUCCCGUUGAGACUCGGGCAUCUGCUGUCCUGGGCACAGCUGGCAUCUUUAUUCUCCUUAGCCUGAUGACUGUGAUCCUGCUUGGCCACCUCUUGAUCUUUCACAUCUAUCUCAUGUGGAACAAACUGACUACAUACGAGUACAUCCUGCAGCAGAGGCCCCAGCACGAGAAGGAGAGGGACAAGCAACAGGAGUCUCAUCCUUCUCAAGUAAGACCCAGUCAGGGAACAGAGACUUUUUCAGGCCACCCUGGCUACACAGACCCUGGCAUCCAAAGAGGGGACUUCACAAUGGUGGCUUCAGGGAGAGGCUUUGCAGAGCUCCGUGCCCACAGCGAUGGAGCUGAGCCCCAGCAGAGCUGCUCCCCUGACCUCCCAGCUCCUCCCUUGGCAGACCCUUCUCAGCGCCAGAAAAAGAGGAGAAAGAAGACACACAAAGCUUCUUCCUCAGCAAUGGGCAGCAAGUCAAAACCACACACUAGAGCUUGGCCCUCAUCCUUCCCACAUCCCCAGGCAGAGCUCCCAGCCACAGCUGCUGCCACCUCCCCUUCCCCCAGCCUUCACCUCUUCCCUCUGGCAGCGUUCCCUUCCCCAGGACCCCCACCUGAUGGUCACCCUGAGUCUGCAGAGUCCAUGGAUGAGAUCCCUGUGGCCCACACUCGCCUUGGGAGCACAGCCCUGCAUGGGCCUCCUAAGAAUAAAUCAAGCAGCUCUCAACACUAUCCCUUGUCCACAGACAGCCCCAGAGUGGGUGGGAAGAAGGACCUGUGUUCUAGACACAAGGUGAAAAGGAAAAGCUGCCAGCAAGACACACAUCUGGAAGGAGACCUGAGACUUUUUGCUAAGAUCCCUGCUGUGUUUGUAAGUAAGAGCAGUGGGGAACCUCACAUCCCUCAGUCCCAGCACAGCCAGAGCACAUCUGAGCCACAGCACAGAAAAUGCAGCAGCCAGCAGCACCUGGGCAGCUGUGCCCAGUGCCCUGAGGACAUAAGGACAAGCACCACAGCAGCCUAGUGAGCAGCUUUGCAAAGCCACAGCCUCUGGGGACAGGGCAAGAGGUUCCCUUUCUGUUCAAAGACCUCGACUCCAGUGACUUGUCACAGCAUCCUUUGACCUGAUGCUGUCCAUCUUCCAGCACAACUAGCUGAGAGGCAGCAACUCCUCUCCCAGGCAUCGUUGUUUCUGGCUGCAGCCUCUUCCCAGGAGUGUCCCCAAGCCCAGUUCCACUCUUCUGGUCAAGAGGGAACAACCUCCCCUGAGAGGGCUGAGCCAAGGGCUGCCACUGGCCAAGGCCUGCAGCUCUGCAGGGGGCUGAGGGGCUCAGCCCUUCCAGACAUUUCUCAUCCUCAACCAAAGGCAAGAGGCAAUAAGGUGACAAACCUGAGGUAGGUGUGUUGCAAGAGGGAGCUGGUGGUGCUCUCUGCAGAAAAGGGCUGUGUCCUCUGGCCCUCUGCAUUCUCUGCUGCACUGUCUGGGAGAGGGUGUGGGGGAGAACAAAGCUGCAUCUCUCUGUUCUCUGCACCCUGACAGUGAAAUGUCCCAUCUGCCUACAGCCUGUCAGUCUGUGGAUUGUGCACAGGAGCUUCAGCAGGUGGUCAGGGAGUAACCUCAGGAUUUCACCCUGUCCCUGUGCCCCUUUGCCCUGUGCCCCCUGCAGCCCAGCCCAGCAGCGUGUUGCACUCAGCGUGCUUUGCCCUGCUCCAGCUUCCCAGCAGCCUGGGGGCCCACAGUGCAGCCUUCUCAGCCAGAAGCUCUGGCAUACAGCAGAUCCUGAAGCCUUCCCAUCACCUGGGCUGCCACAUCCACACCAGGGCAUGUCCAAGCCUUUGGCAAGGCAGGGGUGUGUGGGAGCAGCCUUGGUGGAGCAGCAGACGUGGCACUGCUUGGCUGCAGGGACCAGUGGAUCACCAGUGGAUCCCCAUCAGAGUCCUCCCAGCUGUUUCCCCCCAUGGCUGCUGGGAGGCUGCACCCCCAGUGCUGCUGGCCUCAGGGUUUUUGAGGGCCAGCUGUCCCCCCUGCAGAAGGUGUUGGCAAUUUCUCUCCAGCACAUCCCCCUGAGCAGACCUCCUGUGUUCUCUUACCCUUUGUCUAUGCAGAACCAGUUCCAAAGGCAUUUUGGAGCUCUUCAGCAGCUCUGCACACAGUAAACUUGUUUUCUAUGCCUUUUGCUAAA